GUACCAAGCGUGAAAAUGUUUUCCCGAAUGCGAACAUGUCUCGAGUGCCUUUAAAAUCCACCGGAACCAAAACUUCACCUUCUCGGGCUUCGUUGUCCACUUCAUCAAGACGUGACCUCAAAGUAGCGGCCGCGUCCGAACCUCCUUCAUCAGAUACGUGUUCUAAGCUGCCCUCAGCGUCUGACAAGAAGCUCCCAUUGAUUAAAUCAGUGAAAUUAGACACACCAGAUACGCAACGACCUUACCGUAGUUCUGGGGAAACCCUACUCAGCUCACCGAAACCUAACUCAAAAGCUCCUGUCGCCAAAAAAAAACUUCGGUGAAUCUUGAGCCAUCCCGUUCCGACAAUUCGACAUCUGCAGGGGCCAAAACAGUUCUACUAAAGAAGGGAGAAAUGUUGAGCUCUCUCUGGUCUAGAAAAUUUCCACCUUCCCUCGAUUGUUCGUACAUGCAAAACGCAAAGGAUCAGCACGAUGAUGACAAAAGAUUCGUCGCAGACCAACAUCAAGAUAAUGUUGCAAAUAAUGAAAUUUUUUUCCAUGCUCUUAGCUCAGGUGAAAGGCUUAGCCUGGUAACUUCAUGCCAUGAUAGUUCUAAUAUAUCUGAUGGGGAUUCACGUAAACCAUUAAUGACAAAUGAAUCUUCGCAGAUCUGUUCUUCUACGCCGAAACCAAAGGGAGAGAGCUCAACUUUAGAGUCUGCUGCUGAUGAAGUUGUUCCUAUGAGAUUUUCUGCUGUUCCGGUGGUUCGAGAUAUUCAUGGAGAAGAAUUAGGUAAGGAGUCGGAAGCUGACAAUUCGAAGGUUGUGGUAUCUAACGAUCCUGGAAACCCUAGUCCACCAUUGGACCAAAGACUUGGGGGCUGUGAUGUUUAUUUUGAUCAAUCAACAUCCCUGUGCGGAGUAAAAACUAGCCUGAGCAAUAAAUCAACGAUGAAUGGUCUUUCCUCUCGCGAAAAAGAAGGAGCUGGUCUUAGCCAAAUUAAUUUGCAUGAAGAGAGGCACGGAACUCCAGGCGCCAACGAGACGCUUCUGUGUGACGACGUCUUCGUCGCAAAUGUGGCUGAAGAACAAGUAGAAGAUACAGAGUUUGUUGGUGCUAACACUUUUUAUGUGACGUCAUCUAAUUUGCCUACACUUGACAGCGUUAGGAAUGAAGUGUCAUCAAAUGAGGUUCUUGAUGUUGAACCUCUUCCCAAACCAGAGGAAGAUAUUGAACUUGUCACUAAAUCACAGGAAUAUAUUAUGCCCCACAUCAAAACAGAGCACGAUAUUGAACAUAUUCCUAAACCAAAGGAAGAUAUUGAGCCCUGUACCCAACCAAAGGAGGAUAUUAAAACUCUCAUGAAAUCUAAGGAAGAUAUUGAACCCCUUAUCGAACCAGCACGAAAUAUUGAACCCCUUAACAAGCCCGAGGAAGAUAUUGAACCUCUAACUGAAUCAGAGGAAGCUGGCGAGAGUGCGUGCUUGCAUGAAGAAGAGAAUGUUACUGUAGCCUCAACUGAAGAAAGUUGGACGCAACAUCCAUUAGGUCGGUGCUCGACAUCCCCGAAUGUGGCUGUAUCGGGCGUUCUUGAAGUUGAUUUGGCUAAGUUCAAUGAAUCGGCGCUGGUGAUUCAUUCACUGGAUGGUGAACUUUCCAAGAAAAACGACUUUUAUGAAGAAAAAAAGUCUUUGUGUGGUAGUGAAGUUGUAGACGAAGGGUUUUGUGCUAGCCAGAGCAUUCAAGAGUCCGAAAAAUUUCCAUUAAGUGUGUCUAAGGAUGUCGUUCGUGAUAUCGAUGAAAGUAAAGUUCAGUGUGUUCGUAAAAUGUUCGAUGAGAAGCAGAUUUUGGGCGAUGACAAUUCAAGUCAAUCAACAGACGACCAAAGUGUUCCAACUACAGUAUUGUCGGCUCGAAACUCAACCAGUCAAAGUCUCGUGGAUAUUGAACAAUCAGAAUCAGUUCCCAUUAAAACGACAAUAUCCUCUGAAGAUUUACAUGCUAUCAGCAAGUGCAAUGCAAUGGCAAAUGACUCUGCAACUUUCGUUGAAGCUUCGGAUGAAUUAGAUGUAAAUUAUGUUUUAACCGCUGAAAAUAUGUCACUUAGAAAUACAAAUAUAGCGUACGAUACUUUGGAGAUUGCUCGAAACAUUAGCAAGGAUUUGAUCUCAACUGACGACCCAACUACUGAAGGAGGAACAUGUAAAGAUAUGGACGUGAACUGCGAAGAGUCCACAUUGGAAUCGUAUAUAUCAAGUGAAUCAACUGGAGUGGAUAGUUGGAUGCGGAAAUCGGGAAGUUGUGAGACGGACUUGUCAAGCUCGGCCAUUGCAGACUCUGUGCUUAAAACGUGCCCUGAGAUUGGCGUUUCAACCGAUGUUAUUGGAUCUCUCACCCCCAGUCCUCAAGUAAUAGAUCUCAUACCCACGAACGCGAACGUAAAGCACAAAAUGGUACCAUUAAAUUCUAAUAAUUCAACUUCAGAUAAAUUUAUCAAAAUUGUUCCCAGCGAAAAGCUAUCUGUGGAUGAUACGCCGUUGAGCCCUAAACUGAAGGGUUCAAUUUCACCUUCUUCUGAAGAUAUAAUUGACCCUCAAACGUCAGCAAAGAAAUUAGAAGAAGGAACAGUGAAUGAUAAAACAAUUGCUAGCAACUCAGUUGUUGAUUAUGAAAAUCCUCCAACGUUCAGCUCCGUAAACCCACACGCGCAACUAAAAACGUUAAAUUUUAACAAAGAAGUACAUUCAACGUUCCUUUCUUCAUCGGUUAACCAGAAUGUGAUAGACACGACAAAAAUUAAUCUCGAACGCAUUGCAAGUUCAUUUGCAUCGACGUCAUCAAACCAAACUACUCCAAACUUACUCGAACCUAUUGACGAGCCUAUAACAUCGUCACUUAACCAGGAGAUGAUAGACGAAGCUCUUCGUCUGUGUUGUGACCGCGACGAGGCUGAAGAAGAAGCUUGCGUGUGGCGCUUCGUCGAGAUCGCUGGUCUCGACCUCGUCAACGAACCCGACGAUGCAGUCUCGGCCGUACACUGGCUCUUCUCGCAGAGUCGCGGGAGCUGUCGACACGAGGAGCUGAAGGAGCGAGCGCGGGAGCUGCUAGAAGCCGCGCGACGAGACGCUGCUCUGCAGACUAAAGCUGGCGACUUGGUACCUCGGCAGUCAAAAGGCAGCGACUUCUCGCCUGAAAAUGAGAGCAUCAUUGUCGGCCGGACUUCUAGCGCAUCCUUCCAUCCACUCAAACACCGCACCACUUCCACCUCAUCCUCGAAUAGCUCUACUCCUACAAAUGCCGUGCCAGAUAACAACAAAUCCUCUUCAGCCUCAGACGAGCACAGAUUCAGGCAUGCUUCAGCUUCAGAAACCAGCGAGCACACGUCUGAAGCCAUGAAGCAAGAGCCCUCUGAAACGUCCACGCUUCAAUGGACCAGCGCGCGGCCGACACAACUUCAGUCCUUCAGCAACAUCAUCGAACGCAUCAGCCCUGAGAAAGAGCAAGCCGUUCGAUCAAAUUCUGUUGAAAAGACGGGGAGCGUGGGACGGGGGGAGGCGAGCCAGUACCUGGUGGGGGAGCUGGCGGCGCUGGAGCGCGAGCAGCAGCAGAUCGACGCACAGGCCGCCAAGCUCGAGAAGAGGCUACGCAGGGUCAUGGAGGCUGGUAACCGCGACGUGGAGGAGGAGCGACUCAUGCAGCGCUGGUUUACGCUCGUUAACAAGAAGAACGCGCUCAUCAGGCGUCAGGAACAGCUUAGUAUAUUGGAGAAGGAGAGUAACCUGGAGAGACGCUUUGCGCUGCUCAACAGGGAGCUGCGCGCCAUCAUCAGCAUCGAUGGCUUCGGUGAGACGUGGCAGGCUCUCGAGGCGAAGCUGCUGCAGACGGCGACGCAGAAGGCUGCGUAG